GUCCGGUCCAUCAGUCAGUCAGUUUGCAACUCCGAAGACUGUUUAUUUAUUUGAGAAAUUAAAUCGAGCGUACAUUCGUUUUGUUCUAUUUAUAAACAGAAACAACUCACACGAGAACUAAAUAUAACUUUACCAACCCUCCGUGCUGUAACAAACGGAGUGUUGAAGAGUAAAUACGUUGUUUUUCGUCAAAAUGCGUUACAUAUUUCUUACAGUUAUAUUCAGUGUUGUAUUUGCUUACGAGAAAGAUAUGACUAUAAUUGUACAGCCUGGGAAAAUUGAUUGUUUCUUUCAUAAAGUUGUGGCGGACGAAAUCAUCGAUAUUGAGUACCAGGUAAUAGACUCAACGCAUGGCGAUUUAGACAUAUCGUUUCAAAUGGCGGACCCGACCGGGCGAAUGAUAGUAGCAGACUUUAAGAAGCCGGAAAACUCCCACAGAAACACAGCUACGAUAGAAGGAGAUUAUAGAUUCUGUUUCGACAACAGUUUUAGUACAUUCAGCAAGAAAACUGUGUUCUUCGACAUGCUCAUUGAGGGGGAGGAGCCCGAAGAUAGAGACUAUGAUGAUGAUAAGGAGAUGGAACUCGGUAAUGCGGCCGAAACUUAUAUGAUGAGGGUCCGAGAUAUUUCCGAAUCGGUGACUCGGGUCAAAGAUAAGGUAUCGACGGCGCGUCGGCUGCAGGAGUUGCACUCGGCGCACGAGGCCAGGGAUCGCAACCUGGCCGAGGAUAUGUGCACGCGAGUCCUAAAAUGGUCGAUAGGCCACGUCGUGCUAAUGCUACUAGUAGGAAUUACACAGGUAAUAUUCGUCAAAAGUCUAUUCGAAGACACGAGAAAUUAUAGAAAACUAGUUCCUGGCUUCUCGUCAUGAUGAUCAAAAUGGUUGUCACGCUAAAAUAGGUAUUAUUAUGUAAGAAUACAUUCUCCAUCUCUGUCGCACGGUAUAAAGAAACUAUAGAGCGCCAUCUGUUGAGUUACAUACGUACUUUCUUAGCGUACAUCACGUAAACAAUGGAGACUUUUACUCGCUAGAUGGCGCUAGUAUAGAUUUUCGUCCAACAGAAAAAUAUAUAUGUAACAUCACACUAUUUUUUUUAUUACGAUUAAUGAUUUUUCAAUGGUAAGAUAAAAGUUA